AAGGUGGAGGCUCACCUACCAUAAUAUCCCUCCUCCUUCCACCACUACUCAUACUACUUGUACUGCUGCCACCCCAUUUGCCCUUUCCUUCUUAUAGAGCUCUCUCUCUUUCUCUCUCUUUUCUCUUCACUUCUACUCUUUCUACCUUCCUUCCGUUUCUUCUUCUGUGUAAGGUACUGAUUUGUUGUUGUUAAUAUAUGGUAGUCUUGUCUUUCACUAAUGGACUCUGUUUUGUUUGGUGAGUCUUAUGGUGGAGUAAGUUGGGGGGCUUAUUAUGAGGAAAAUUCAGCAUUUUGCUACUUGGAAAAUUUAUAUUUUGAGCUUUUUAGCUCAGGUUUGGCUCUGCAUUUUUGUGGGUUCUCUUCCAAAUUUUGGGUUCUUCAAUUUUGUGUAGUGUCGGCAUGCAUUGAGUCACUAGUAUGAAGAAGGUUUUGGAGGUUUUGAUGUUUGUUUACUGAGAAAACAAGGGAAAAGAAAAGGCCAAUUACACCCACAUAUAUUUUCCAAUACAGAGAAUUUGGGAGUAAUUUAUCUUUUCUUUGGAAAACAGAGGAUUUUCCAAUUGGGAAAUUAACAAAGGAAAAUAAAGAAAGAAAGAGACAAUAGUCGCAUUCUAAAGAAGAACCAUGAUUGGACCAGCAAAUUUCAUAGACGAGAUAGACUGCGGCAGCUUCUUCGACCACAUCGACGACCUCCUUGACUUCCCCACCGACGAUAUAGAGGCUUGCCUCCCUGGUCCCGACUGCACCACUACCAACAAUAACAACGGGAACGCCAACUCGUUCCCGAGCAUUUGGUCUACUCAUUCAGACUCACUGCCGGGUUCCGACUCUGUGUUCUCUAAUAACAGCGGCUCUGAUUUCUCGGCGGAAUUAUCCGUUCCGUAUGAAGAUAUUGUUCAGCUGGAAUGGCUAUCAAAUUUUGUUGAGGAUUCCUUCUCUGGAGGAAGCCUCACAAUGAAUAAAGAAGAGUCCUCUUCCAUCAACAAUAACUCAUCGCAUCAACAAUUUCAGACCUCCAGUCCAGUUUCUGUCCUUGAAAGCAGCAGCUCCUGCUCAGGAGAGAAAACUGUGCCGGAAAUCAUUGGUUCGGGUAGGCAUGGGCGUGCUCGUAGCAAACGUCCUCGCCCUGCUACAUUCACUCCCCGCCCGGCUAUGCAACUUAUCUCUCCCAGCUCAUCUGUUACUGAGACCCCUCAGCCUGAGACUUUUGCUGCCCCUAAGGUCCCCUCAGAUUCUGAAAAUUAUGCUGAGUCGCGACUUUUGAUCAAAUUGCCAAAGCAUGUUGCCCCCGAACACAAGAAGAAGAAGAAGAAAAUCAAGUUUACAGUUCCAUUAGGUCCUGCAGAGACAACCCAAAAUUCGCCACCACAACAAGCAGUUAGGAAAUGUUUGCAUUGUGAGAUAACUAAGACACCACAAUGGAGGGCAGGACCAAUGGGCCCUAAAACUCUUUGCAAUGCUUGUGGAGUUCGCUAUAAAUCCGGCCGGCUUUUCCCUGAAUACCGACCUGCUGCGAGUCCAACUUUUGUUCCAUCCUUGCACUCCAAUUCCCAUAAGAAAGUCCUGGAAAUGAGAAGCAAGGCCGGUGAGAAUCUUGGUAUGGCUGGAAAUGCUAUAAUGAUGAGCAACUCGCCGGAGUUUAUCCCAAACAAUAGCAAUCUUGCAAUAGAUUACAUGUGAGGGAGGACAUGGAGAACAGUGUUUCCAGUUGAAGCCUCACUAUGCUGCCUCUUUAAUUCCAGUCUUUGUAUUAUUUGCUUACUGUUGUUUCAUUUCUUUGUUGAAUGGUUUUUUGUACAGGGAUGGAAUGGGAGGAAUUAGGAGAAAUAGAUGACCAUAUUUUAGCUAGUAGAGAAGGAUUGUAAGAGACAACUGGGAGAAAAAAAGGGCUAGAGACAAAUGGAAGGUUCAAGGACAGUAGAGUUUUAGGGUUUUAGUCAUGGGUAGGUCCUAAAGGUUAUUAAUUACUAAGGGUCUGUGUCUGUCUCUUUUUUGCAUUCUUUUUAUUUCUUUUUCCCUUUUCUUUGAUGGGUAUUCUUUUUGCAGUUCAAUUUGUUAGUAGAAAAUUCUGAAAUGAGUAAUGGAUUUUGAAAACUUAUAAUUCCUUA